GAGACAGAAGAAGACAGCCUCUCACACUGUGACAGAGCUGGAGAACCCCAAGGAUUGCAGCCAGGCUGGGAAGCCUCUCUUCUGCCCUUCCCAUCCUACAGAGAAGCUAAGUCUGUUCUGCGAGCAGUGUGACCAGCCAGUGUGCCAGGACUGUGUUUUGGGCAGACACCGUCAGCACACCUAUGACUUCCCCAGCAAUGUCAUCCACAGGCACGGGGACACCCUGCGGGAGCUGCUGAAGAGCACCCAGCAGCACAUGGGCACCCUAGAGGGUGUGCUGAGCCAGGUCGAUGACAUGGGCAGUGCAGUCCGCAGUCGGGCAGAGGCUGUGGCCACAGAGAUCUGCUUGUUUGCCAGUGGCUAUGUGGAAGCGAUUGAAGAGCACCGGGACCGGCUGCUGAAGCAGCUGGAGGACUUGAAGGUGCAGAAGGAAAACCUGCUGCACUUGCAGAAGGCCCAGCUGCAGCAGCUGCUGCUGGACAUGAGGACAGGUGUAGAGUUCACAGAGCACUUGCUGAUGAAUGGCUCAGAUCUGGAGAUCCUCAUCACCAAAGGGGUGGUGUCAAGCUGUCUGACAAAGCUGAACAGCAUUGCUUACAGCUCCCACCCCAGUGUGGAUGACAGGAUCCAGUUCUCUACUCAGGAGAAGGCAGGGCAGUGUCGUGGCUAUGAAGUUUUUGGGGCUAUUCUUAACAAAGUGGUUGAUCCAGCCAGAUGUACCCUGCAGGGAGAAGAUCUCCACAGUGCCCAUCAGAACCAGCUGAUUGGCUUUACCCUGCUCUGCUGUGACUCCAUGGGGGAGCAGAUGGGGCGAGGAGGAGAAACUGUGCAGGUCACCAUCACCCACAGAGACAAGAAGGACUGUGCAGUCAAACCAACAGUGUGUGAUAAUGGUGAUGGAACCUACUGUAUUUCCUACAGCCCUGAGGAGCCAGGCUUGUAUGCUGUCUGUGUCUGUGUGAAAGGGCAACAUGUACAGGGCUCUCCAUUCAGUCUGAUGGUGAAACACAAGUUCCGUGAGCACCAAGGUGUGUUUCACUGCUGCACUUUCUGCUCAAGUGGAGGGCAGAAAGCUGCUCGCUGUGCCUGUGGUGGGACCAUGCCAGGUGGGUACCAAGGCUGUGGCCAUGGACACAAGGGUCACCCUGGCUGCCACCACUGGUCAUGCUGUGGACAAGUGAAAGAGAGCUCAGAAUGUUUGGGUGGGCCACCCAGUGACACUUCACAGAGGAGUUUGCUCAGGACAGUGGCGCUCUGA